GGGGCGCACGGUAUAAAGCAAAGAGAGCAACAACAGGUAUUUUUGUUUGUUUGUUUGAUAAUGAUGAACUGUGGUGAUACUCUAUUUUGUUUGUGUGACGAGCUACCUGUCACUUAUCGGCUGAGAAGUAACCCCGGCGACUUGAUUACGAACAUUGUGAUAUCUCCUGUGGACUUGAAUAGCCAACCAGUUAGAAACGAUGUGGCAAGCUAGUGUGUUGUGCGACGACACGAACUCGUUUUUUGCGAUUUGUUAAUUGAUUUUUUUCCACCGAACUAUGUUGGGAUCUAUGCUAAGUGGUUUCAUGCUAGCAGUUAAUUUACUUUUACGCGGAGGCAAUAAUGUUUGGAUACCAUCCAACGUUCGCUCUCUCGGUUGCUAUUCGCCGUUCGAUAUUCAAGCAGUUGUUACUAACGGGGCUGGUUCCAACGAAAUUGGAUUUUCCGCUUGCUUCAUGUGCUACACGAACUUCGUUUUGAUUAGAGGUGUUCAGUGCAUGUGCAUCGACGACAGAACAAUUAAUGAACUGAUACCUAUCGAUGAAGCCUAUUGCGACAUUCGUUGCGAUGAAAUCUCUCAGCCGAGCACCAACAAUGAAACUUACAUGUGUGGUGGGAACCUUGGAGCUAAUUUUUACUGUAAUGGGCAGGCUGGUAGCAUCUGCCUUGGUGCAAAUUCAAACCAAUCACCAGUCAAAAUAUAUCGCGAUUUCGAUGCCAACAACAAAGAUGAUGUCCAGUCAAUGUUGCCUUGUUUGGAUUUCGGAUGUGGCCGGCCUGAAACCAAGGACAGAAUGAACCUUGUGUAUGCUGAAUACUUUCCCAAUUUGAAUCCCGAAGAUUGCAUAGUCUAUUGUACGUACGUUAAGACUUCCUACGCUCACGCAGGAUGGAUCUCAUCUAACAGUCGAUUGUACCCGACAUGCGCCUGUUCCAACGCCACGAGACAGCCAUAUCCAACUGAUCCGCCGUGUGCAGAAGGCACAUGCCCGCCCCCUCUGAACCCAACCAGAUUCGUUGCUGGUAAUGUGGAUGGCCUGCAGGCACAGUCGUGUGGAAACCUAGAUGCUGCAUAUCCUAACUGGUCCGUCUUCUGUACGACAGCAGUUGUUAGACCAGUGAACGGGACGCCUCAUUGCGCUGCUUUUCAGACGGCGUAUAACAGCUCUUGGGACGUGUGUCCUGUUUCGGCUACGUCAACACAAAAGACUAGUUCUUUGUCGUUAACAACGCCAGCCACACAAAACAUCAAAUGCCAGUCCCGUAACAAAUCGCAAUUCAAAGAUGUGCCCAGAAGACAAUGGGGAGGGAACUUGGUUGGCAAUGGCAACUGCGCAAACAAUAGCCACCUUUACAAUGGAUCGUGCUAUUACACAGCAUCACUCUCCGAUAAUGAUAUGGUGGACGUGGACGAUUGGAGACAAGCUUGUGCCAUAUAUUGCACUAAGAUGUAUGAUGGGCAUUUGUUGUCCCUUGAAACGGAAGACGAAAAGAAUUUCGUUGCAGACGAAUUUCUAUUGUCUGACUUGGGAGAAGACGGGACCAUGCGUGCCUAUUUAACAAGCGGUAUCAAGACUAAUGCGUCCACGGAGUACUGGAGUUUGCCCAACAAUGUUCAAAUUGAGAUUACUAACGUGAGCAAUUGGGGCGUCGAAUUGGUGAACUGCGCAGAUAAUUAUCCCUCCUAUUUGAUCCUAUAUUACGAAAUGGAUACUCAAGGUUAUGACAGCUGGCAAUUCACCCGGGAUGAAUCGAGUCGUCAUUUCGUUUGUGAGUAUCUCGAGCCCGAUGACAUCGAAACCACGUCUCCGUCGACGACAACACUAUCAACGUCAACUUCCACGACAACUCCAACAACGUCAACUUCCACGACAACACCAACAACGCCAGUAACUUCCACCACAACACCAACGACGCCAAUAACUUCCACGACGAUACCAACAACGCCAAUAACUUCCACCACGACACCAACAACGCCAAUAACUUCCACCACGACACCAACGACGCCCACUACGACAACUGUGUCGACAACUUCACUUUCGACGUCAUCGUUAACGCCAAUUUCGUCUACAGUUUCAACCUUAGUACCAUCAUCAACGACGCCCGCCUCUUCAAGCACUGAAGAAACGACAGCAGAGUCUACCAUUAGCAGUCCAACUUCUGCAUCAACGUUUGAAACAACAAGUGACAUGUUACCUUCGUCAACGACCAAACCGACUUUAGUGCCAGAAUCAAAUCACAAGAGCUGUCCCUGUGCCGCAACCGACAUGUACCACGCUAAUUGGACCAUUCGAGCUAAUACUACCAAGACUCAAGCGUGCCGACCCGGUGCUUCAGGCACGGCUUCAUGGACGUGUGACCUGAUCGCCAACCAAUGUACCCUGCGCACCAAACAACCAAAUUUUGACGGUUGUCAGAGUAAAGAGCUUGAAGAAAUUGCUGUUGAUAUAGCUGACUACAACACUGAGCUGAACACGGUGUGGGACGAUCUGCUCAAUUUUACUCAGCCAAAUGAUACCUAUUUCGGUCAUGAAAUUGAUUACAUUCUUGGCCUGGUUACUGACCUUCUCGACCGGCAGGACGAACAAAUGAAUGACACCAGUAAUCACCUCGAGUUUCAGAUCAAUACUACCCAAAGCGGCGUGCGUAUUUUACACAACCUUAUCUCUCACGAACUGCAGUGGGAGCAGCUAGAUCAGGAUAAACGUUCUCAAUCGGUAUUGCUCCUGUUGAACGUUUCGGAAGACAUGUCAUUCCGGCUAGCGGAUGUGGCUGAAAUGGAUAACCUAUCUCUGCGCUGUGAAAUAGAGUUAACCAACCUAACUUUCAGUUCAUCUUAUUGGGAUGGAGGACCAAAAGAAGUUUAUGAUUGCUACCUGAAUGCCUUAACAGCAUCGGGAGUUUUCCUCCAAUUUCCUUCAUCAAAUCAGCUUAAUGCCGAGUCGACUUACCUUCUUUUGCCUGAAGAAGCCGUCACAGUUGGCCGCAGGCACAAAGCUGCUGGUCUUCUUAUUUCUCACUCUAUUCUACAGCAACUUCUACCGGGCCAGAAUAGUGUGGCAGGUGACCAGAAACAAAUCAACAGUCCUCUCAUCAAUUACUCUCUGCGUAACGGUGAGACUAGGGAAGAUUUGAACGUGUCGAAAAACACAAAUAUUCCUGAGGGAACAUUUGUUCAAUUUGUCUAUCAACAUGCCAAAGAGGCGAAAGAUCCACCUGUUCGAGUUCUUCACCGCGAUUUGGAUCCCGGGGAAACACCCAGCCCCGUCAUAGGAUCCGCAUUUUGUGCUUUUCUUUCCUACCAUGGCUCAGGUUCUAAUGUCGAACGAGCAACGUGGAUUUGGGAUGGUCAAGGUUGCACAUUGGAGUCGACUAAUCGUACGCACACGCUUUGUAAAUGCAACCACUUGACUGGAUUCUCCACGCUGAUGGAUUUCCAUGAGUACACGGGUGAAUCUGUCCCACUGGAAAUUACUAGCUUUGUAUGUAGUUUGGCAUCUGCUAUUUCCUUGGCCAUUACGUUUACAGUUCUUACCGUACUCAGAUCGAUCAAAACGGACCGCACUGUUAUCACACAAAACUUGUGCAUUUUUCUGAUGGCAUCACACAUUUUGGCUCUGACUACCUUAGAUCGGCAUUACCUGGACUUGGAUGAUGUGACCUGUGCCGUUAUGGGUGUUCUGCUCCACUUUUCUCUACUAGUUUCCUUCAUGUGGAUGGGCAUCGAGGGAGUCCGCUUAUGCCGUAUGGUUGUCUAUGUUUUCAAUCUGUGCGAUUGGACAUUCUACUACGUUCUAGCAGCAAAUUUGGUUCCAUUCUUCAUCGUCGGCACCACCUUGCUGGUGGCUCAAUUUACAACGGGUAUCAUACCGGCCUACACUGGCGACGAGACGUGCUGGUUGAAUGGAGAAAACUACAAAUGGAGCUUUGCUGGCCCUAUAGCCAUCAUAAUCAUCGCUAAUGUGGUGUUUGCCAUUAUUGCCGUCCGCUCUUCGUGGAACUUGAAGCAAAAUAUGGACCGUUCUAUUGAGGAGAAGAUAAGGAACGCUGCAGCACUAUCGCUGUCGCUGACUUGUUUGCUUGGCAUUUCCUGGUUGAGCGGAUUUCUAUUGUACACGGAGACAUUAGUGUUUGCUUACAUUUUCACCAUUACCAAUGGCCUACAGGGAGUAACGAUAAUGCUGUUUCGAUGUAUCUUGAACGAUGAAGUCCGUAAUGCCAUCAAAGAGCGCUGGAGACGUCAUAGGGACAACCGGAUGGGUAAAUGGUCAUCCACCAUGACGAACACCACUAAUUCGCAACGUCGACCAUCAGUGGUUGGCACAGGAAGCAAAUCAGGAACUAACAGGAAACUCACGCAAACCAACAGUCGCUUGUCGAACUUAUCAAAUGCCACUAAGACUACCGAAACGACAAUCGUUCCUAACAACCGUCUCCCCGAGCGAAUGCAGCGAAGAAAUCUCCGUACUUUCUCAGGAAGCGAAUUCUCGGAAACGGAGUAUAGCUCUGGGACUCGUGGAUCUUUCAGCAGUACGGGAUCGUACCUUCCUAACAUUUCACAAAAGCAAGAACCAACGGUUAACAAUGGCGUUCGGGAAUCACGCCGAGUAAGUUUUUUGAUCCAAGAUCCAACAUUACCUCCUGCCUCCCUUUCUUCUGGCUUUUACCAAGUGAAUCCAAAUAAUUUGUCGGACAACACAUCAGUGGUCAAUAGACGACCAGGACAAAUAAUGUUUAUCGAACAGGAUCCGUCCGCUUUCUUUUGAUAGCCUACGGAUCAUAAAAGGAUAGGCUUCAGGGUCAUCACUGUUUGUUAGACAUUUCGAAAAAAAUAUUUUCGACAAUGUUUGAUGUUCGUCGGCACGAAAGAUGUUGUCUGAUUCGUUGCACUACAGACCGACAUCGACAACCGUAAACGAAAUAAAUGAUUACAAAGAAAAACAAAACCGAAAAAAUAAAUAUGACUGAACUUAACGUUGGGAAUUAGGCUUUUCUUGUUGCAUAAUCAAAGCCAUGUAUAUAAUAUUAUGCUACCGUUUCGCUACGUAUACACAAUGUUACCGUAUGUUUCUUGGUUCCUCUUGUUUAUCGAUCUUUACUGCCAUAGCUACUCCUUGACGUGUCUUAACCGAAUUUAGAAAAUAGAACAUACACAAUACGUAAAGCCA